UCUUUGUGUGUUUGUAUAUAUGCGUGUGAGGGUGAGAUGAGUUUUUAGCUACAUGAUUUUGGGCUUUUUUUUUUUUGAAUAUUCUGGAUCUUUGAUUGUUGAUCUUUAAUUCGUAAAUGUAUCGGCGAUUAUCGUAUUCCAGAUUGUAAAGUAUUUUUUUUUUUGAUUCGUGUUGCUGGAAGUUGAGAUGUAUUUCUAUUGAGAAUUGAAGAAAAUGUAAUGUACUAUCCAGCAAUUUGUUGAGCUGACUAACCGUGGACUAAUCUUCGAGCCAAUCCUUUUAUAUUCGUCGCCUCGAUUCUUUUUCUUUCGUGAAAUGUCUUUUAGUACAUGACAUAAGCUUAUGCGAUGAAUUUGAUCUAAAUAAUGGAAGAUUUAGGGUUUCCGGGUUUUUGUUUGCUGGUGCACGCUGAGAUUACUGAACCUGCUAGUUAUGAAUCUGAAUUCACUGUCCACGUAUUGGUAGUCGAGAUGUCAUUUUGGUUUUUCGCUCUUUUUAGAAAAGGAGAAGAAAGCAUAUACGAUGGCUGAUUGUUGCGUGAGAAUGGCAGAGAUAGAGAAGGAGAGGAAGCGAUACUGACUGUGCAUGCUGCCAAUGGCAAGUGGAAACUCGUAUAUUGAUGACUUGCGAAACAAGCCAGAGGUCAUCGACCCACCUCAAAAUAAAGACAUGCUGGAUGUUGGUGAACACGUCAGUGACACUGCUCAAAGUGCCCUUAAACCUAAUGUGACUGUCACAAGUAGCGUACGCGACCUGCUGGACUGUCCUGUUUGCUUGAAUUCAAUGUACCCUCCCAUUUAUCAGUGCUCCAAUGGCCACACACUUUGCUCUAGUUGCAAACCGAAGGUGCACAACCGUUGUCCAACUUGCAGGCAAGACCUCGGAAAUAUAAGAUGCCUUGCGCUAGAGAAAGUAGCCGCAUCACUCGAGCUUCCAUGUAAAUAUCAAAAUUUCGGGUGCAUCGGAAUUUAUCCAUACUACAGCAAGCUCAAGCACGAAUCUCAAUGCGCUUUCAGACCCUACAAUUGCCCCUAUGCGGGGUCCGAGUGCUCGGCCGUGGGAGAUAUCCCGUUUCUCGUCAACCACUUGAAAGACGAUCACAAAGUCGACAUGCACAACGGCACCACUUUCAACCACCGCUACGUCAAAUCCAAUCCGCAUGAGGUCGAGAACGCCACAUGGAUGCUUACGGUAUUUAGUUGUUUCGGGCAGUACUUCUGUCUGCACUUCGAAGCGUUUCAGCUAGGAAUGGCACCGGUGUACAUAGCGUUCUUGAGGUUCAUGGGUGACGAUAGCGAGGCGAAGAACUAUAGCUACAGCCUCGAGGUUGGAGGAAACGGGAGGAAGAUGACGUGGCAGGGAGUUCCAAGAAGCAUAAGGGAUAGCCAUAGAAAGGUCCGUGAUAGUUUCGAUGGUCUCAUCAUUCAACGCAAUAUGGCCCUCUUCUUCUCCGGUGGUGACAGGAAAGAGCUCAAGUUUAGGGUUACUGGUAGGAUUUGGAAGGAACAGUAGUAGAGUGCAUAUAUAUAUAUAUAUAUAUAUAUAUAUAUAUAUAUAUAUAUAUGAAUCUUCUUUUGAUCAUGCUAUUUGAAGUUUAGUAGGCAAAUUGAAUUCUAUUUGCUUCUCUAUGCAUCGAAUAUUAUGGUAUUAUCCACUAAGGUUUAGCAUAUGUGCUAGGUUAGUUCUAUAAUCUCUUCGACAUUUUUGCGUCAAAAUAUGUCGAUUAUAUGAAGGAAGAAAAACGUGGGUCGUUAUUGAUAGGCGUGGAUAGAUAAGCUUGUUAUAAGCUGUUAAGAUUGCAUUGAUCUAUUAUAAGUAUCUAAGUAUUUGAUUAUGUCUUUUCAUUUUUGAGUGUAAUCGUGAAGAAAAUGGUACUUUGUGAACUCGCUCGUCCGGGAAAUUUGUAACGUUGCGAAAAGGGAUUUUUAGGUAAUAUUUAUGAUACAUCUAGUGAAGUUGUUAUA